UGCCUGCUACUGCGGCUUUGCCCCAUUCCUUUCCACACAUUCCGUCAUGUUUACUUCCCGCUUCAUCAUCUUUGCGCUGCUCAGCUUGCUCGCCGGCGCCAAUGCAUGUGUACAGUGCCCGUCCUCAGUGAAGGUCAACAAUAGUGCCACGGAACUAUCCAAAACCCUCCCAGACGUCUCGGUCACAUCUUGCAUUUACUACGUCUAUACUCCCAAUUCAAAUAACGAAGACUCGUCAGUGACCUGUCAGUAUGAUACCAGUAACGGAAAGUUGUCAGGAGGGUAUAAGUCUUGUCCGGCUACAGCGCCUGUGAAGAAUCAAUGCUGGACGUGAUGUGAAGAAAUGGGGGAGACGAGACACCAAACCGGAGGCCCUGGCGGUAGUGUUGCCGUCGAACCAAGGUGACCUCGAGGUAACUUCGGUUCGGUUCGAAAUUGAGGCAGUUCAAUACAACUCGAUUCGUUUACGCCUCGUUUAGAUACUGCCAAAUGAAGUGCUAAAUCUGGCCUGUGACUUGGUGAUUCGUUAGAGUAGUACUCCAGCAACCUCACAUCUCUAGC